AUGUCCUUUCAACGAAAGGAUGGAAGCAACUCCGCCAAAGGAGAUGGAAAGACACAGAAUGGUACCCGUUCUGGAUUCCGGACAGACACUGCUAUUUCAAACAGCCGCCCUGGAAACGAGCGUGUUCUCAAGCGGUGGGUGCCCGAAGCUCCCGGAGAUCUCGAUGGACCUCUUGAGAGGGCGUCGUCGAGCAAAGGGGACUGGGAUCAAUUUGCGGUGAACGAACGUCUGUUUGGUCUUAAGACAGAUUACGACGAGAACUUUUACACUACCGCAAUCGACAAGAACCACCCUAAGUACAACGAGCGCCUGGCUUCCGCCGACAGGAAGGCUCGAGAGAUAGAGAAGUCUGCUCCUACCACCAGCCACGUUGCCGAAGAGCGCGUCAUGGAUUUUGGCGGGACCGAUAAUGGAGGCGACGAAGAGGACAAAUACAGUGGCGUUCGCCGACAACAAGACUUUCCUCCGCUUUCCUCCGGCCGCGACAACAAGUACACACCUCCCGCUCGGCGUGCCCCUACCGGCCACACCACGGUGGUUGGCGCUCCUGUCGACCCAGCCAUCAUCAUGGCACAGGUCAAAGGAGGCCCGGGCCAGAGCAAUAGAAAGCAAUUGACCCCGAAGCCCGAGGACCAGAAAAAACUUGUUUCCGGCGCGAGCCGGCCAUCAUCGGCUGUAGUGACACCGCUUGUCAUGACUCCAGAGCCCAAGAACGAUGCCGAGUUCCCAACCUCGGAUGCUAAGCAGCCCGAGGCGAAGAUCGGCGGCUCGGGGCAGCCCGAACCUGCUCAACCGGUCCAGCCGACCAAUGAAAAGAGCAAGCCAACUGCUACUGCUGGGUCAUCGUCAUCUUCUCUUCGUCCGGCUGCUGUACCUGGGCGAGCGGCCUUUUCGCCUAAUGCGAAGCCAGCCGCAUCAGUCACUUCAUCGGCAGUCAACAGCCCCGCGCCACCGAGCGCAGCAGACGGCGUAGAGAAGGCCUUGCUUAAGGACUUCAAAAAUUUCGCAUCACAGGAGCGCAUUGCUACAGAGAAGGCUCGGCAGCACAAGAUGAAGGCCGAUGCUCAGGUCAAACUACAGGAGCUGAAGAAGUUUGCUACCAACUUCAAGCUGACGACACCGGUUCCCAGCGAUCUCAUUUCGAUUAUUGCGAAGGAUCCUGCCAAGCAGAAGCAAAUUCAGGAGAAGGCUUUACAGAAUGUCGAGGAGAUGGCUGCCAAGACCAAAGCCGAAGCUAAAGUGAAGGACUCGACAACGACUUCGCCUUCGGCCACUAGCAAGGCUUCGAACACCCCACCGAACUCCAGCACAGGACCUGCUCCUGCUUCUAAGCCCGCGACAAACACGACUUCCGGGACCGCUCCGUCAACUGCAGCUUCUGGCGCAGCCGUGGAGAAGCCAGCGCAGGCAAACAACCGGGCACACGGGCCUGUGCACGGCGGCUCUCCGUCCGUGCCUGGUCGGCAUCCAAACUCCCGUCCUCCAUACAUGCAACAAAAUUAUCGCCAGCAGUCACAGAUGUAUCGUGGGGACCAUCGUUCGGGUGGCCAGCACAUGUCUCAGGGACCCAGCACGGGCCAUCUUGCGGAGCGCCUUCGUAACAACAUGGACCAGACGCGGUACCCAAAGCAGCCAGCGCCUCAUGCACACUACAACGCCAUGGGUGAUAUGCGAGCCCCCCCUACAGGCCCGGCGAAUUCGGUCGACCCCAACUACUCCCGUCGUAUAAGUGCGGUCCCAACUGGUGCGCAGAAGCUCAACCCCACCACUCAUGAGUUUAGACCGAGUCCAUUUGCAGCAUCGUUCAACCCGGCCGGUCCCAGCACCAGCUCUAGCCCUCAGUCGGCCAUCAACAACAUGUCGGAAUCAAUCCAUCCCAGCGGAGCGGCCUCAACAGCACCGACCAUUGUGACAGCCUCGUCGCCGCAGACAUCUCCCAGGAGCCCGAUUCGACGGAAGGUGAAGGCGGUUGAUGCCAAGAAGUGCCAGAUUCUGGACCACAUCCGCACGAUUAAGCCUCCACAGGGCAGAAAGUGGGAUGACAAUGACGGCUUGCGGCCAUCCUAUGACACCCCCCCCACUUGGCGACAGCCACAGGACGACGAGAAGGCAGACUCAACCAUGCGACUGACUUACAAGGAGUACUUUGAGCGUGUAGCCUUUACGGCGGCUUCGAUGGUGACGCCCAUUGUUGGACAUGCGCUGCCACACGGGAUGCCGCAAAUGGUUCCGCACCAAAUGCCCUAUCACCUCCAGCAGCACGGUGGCCACAUGGCUCCACGGCCGUCGCAUAUGCCGCCAAUGCCGAUGCAUGCAGGAGGCGGGCCGCAUGGACCAGCGCCGCACAUGCCGUACAACGGCAAUGAUGAUCACCGGAUGAUGCAUUCGAACUCUGCACAGUCGUAUGCCUCGCCUCGCAUGACGCAGGUGCCGAUGUACGCACAGCAGGUUGGUGGGACGCCGCAGAUGGCAUAUAACCAGCCGGUGAUGCCGUUCAUUCAGGGCACUCCACAGAUGAAUAACUUCCGCAACUACCCGAACAAUCCACAGCAGUACAUGCAACCGCAGUCUGGUCCGAUGAUGUCGAUGAUGCAGCCUCAGCAGUUUGUGGCUGUUCCCGGAGGCAUCUUGCCUCCGGGCCAACAGAUGCCGGGGUAUCCGGGCCCCCAUCCUUCAUACAUGCCGCCCCCCGGUGCCGCCGGUGCAGCUGGUGGAGUGCCGCCUCCGCAAGGACUUGGGGCGAACGGUUACCCAAGCCCGCGGCCGGUCCCUGCGCCGAUGAUGGCCCAGCAAGGAUCCCAGCAGGGACAAGCACCAAUGUACGGAAUGAGCCCCAGCAUGCAGUACCAGCAGCCUGCCUUUGGUCCCCAACACCCGGGACAAGGUGGGCCCAUGCGAGGCGGCUAUAACAAUCCUGGCUCCCAACAAUUUGGAACGAGCCCACAACAGAUGCACCAGUAUGGGCCACCUCAUCGGAAUGGCAGCGGGAGCUACGGGGGCAAGAAUUUUCAAAAUCACGGGCACAACUCGCAUCAAGGGCCGCCUCCCCACCAUCUGCCGCCACCUUCUUCCGGACAUCAGAGUCGUGCGGGCGGCGAGGGCGAGGAGACCAAAUGA